CAGCAAUAGGAGCAGUCCCAAGCCGAUAUAGCUGUUAAUACGGUGUACAUCAACUGAACACCAUGCAGAAUGCGCCGCACUCAAUGCGAACACAAUUGAGAGCAAGGACAUAAGAGGGGCUGACGCAGGCUAGUGAAGAGGUCAGGCGAGAACAUAGUGAGAUGGAGGACAUGCUGUGUAACGAAGAUGCUUGCACAAAUGAGCCAUUUCGAUGCCGUCGCCGCCGCCGCCAGAGUAUGUGCCCCAGCGAGGUGCUCCACUGCCCCAGCGAGGUGCUCCACUGCCCCAGCGAGGUGCUCCACUGCCCAGCAAAGUGAUUCACCGCCCCAGCGAGGUGCCCCAUUGCCCCACUGCCCCAGGAUGGUGCUCCAGCAACCCCCCAGCGUACAUGCGUACGGAUCAACCUUUGCAAGCUCCAUGCAAAGAUCCCUACGGGUUGCACUACUGUUCAAGAAUCGGCCACAGCACGAUGGACUUGUGCCAGCAAUUUCAAGAAUCAGCAAUGUUCAAACGCUACAGCGGUGCUGCUGGUGUACAGUCACAGCUUAACUGCAGACGUGCAGGGUUGGAUUGUGCAUCCUACGAGCACGUAAUGGCAGCAUCUCUGGUACCCUUCGCAAGUUCACAGCUCAAGCCCCUAAUUCGAGCCGCUUGCAUGACGCAGCGCAUCGUUGUUUUGUUUUGCGAAAGAAUGGCGACCUCGAGCAGCUGUAGUCUGAGUUCAGAGGCCUGGUCGGGUUGGCUGAUGCCAAGGCGGCGUUGCUGCGGCAGCGCGACGUUCCAUAGACGAGCGCUGGAACGAGAAGCGCUCGCACUAUUCUUUGAACCAUCAUAAACCUUAGCAACAACUUCUAGCAGACUCGUGGGUUGUGUCCUUGCGGUUGAAGUGACCACUAUGUCGUGGUGAGUGGAGGGAGAGCGCGCAAACACGCUGCG